CAGGCGGGUAGGCUGGGAUCCCCGGGCGAGCUGGCGAGCCAACUGGGUCUGGAAGCGCUCGGGGCCAUGGCCGCGCCUGCCUCUCCUUGCGGGAGUCCAGCCUCGGACGCCGAGUCUCCGUCGACCGGUCUGGACUCCUCAGAGCCGCGCACCAACUGUCUGGAUCUAUGGAAGGAAAAGAACAACCGACUGGUUCGGCAGGUCAAGGUGGCUCAGGGCUCUGGGCCGUCUCUGAGGCGGCUGCGGUUGGCUCAGGACACAGUGGAAGGAUUCCGAGAGCUCCUCCACAGCCUGCAAGGACUCCCAGCGACUGUCCUUGUUCUCCGCCUGGAGCUGACUGUCAUCUGCAAUUUCCUCAUCCUGAAGGUGAGCCUGGCCAAGAGUUUCUCCCAAGACCAGGCCCAGGAUAUCCAGCAGGGCCUAGAGAGAGUGCUGGAGACACAGGAGCAGCCUGGGCUCAGGUUGGAGAGGGAACUCCUGGAACUGUGGUACGCUGUCCUCCACACUUCUUCCCUCGUUCCGGAGCUGCUCCCUGCUCUGCACCGACUGCUGGGCCUGCAGGCUGCACUCUGGCUGAGCACAGACCGCCUUGGGGAUCUAACCCUGCUGCUCCAGACCCUGAAUGGCAGCCAGGAUCAGAGGAACCUUGGAACUCCAGGUCUGACCACAGGAAACUCCCUUCCCAGGAGUGAGGGACCCCAGAGUGGGUCCCAUGAGGAACUACUGCUACUUCUAAAAUCUUGGACCCCCCCGGUUGAGGAAUCCAACGGCCCACUGAUCCUGCAGGAUGCCCGGAGCUUAAGGGAUGCCGUGCUGACAGCGUUUGCCUACAGCCAAGGACUUCAGGAGCUGACUUCAGGGAGCUUGCCCCGGGCGCUGAGCAGCCUGCACGAAGCUGCUUCUGGUCUGUGUUCCCGGGCUCUCUUGGUCCAGGUGUACACGGCAGUGGGGACCUGUCUCCGAAAGAUGGGACACCCUCAGAGCGCGCUGCUCUACUUGAUCACAGCUUUGAAAGAGGGCUCGGCCUUGGGUCCUCCGCUCCUGGAGGCCUCCAGGUUGUAUCGGCAGCUAGGAGACACAGCAGCAGAGCUCGAGAGCCUGGAACUCCUGGUAGAGGCCUUGAGUGUUGUACAUACUUCUGAAGCCCUUCCGUUUCUCAUUGAGGCAGAGUUACUACUUCCACCACCUGACCCAGCCUCGCCCCUUUACUGUGGCACGCAGGGGCAAGCCAAGCACCUGCUAGCAAGCCGAUGCCUGCAGACUGGGAGGGUAGACGAUGCAGCAGAACACUACUUGGACUUGCUGGCCUUGUUGCUGGAUGGCUUGGAGUUGAGGUUCUCUCCACCCCCUUGUCCCCCAGGGCCCUGCGUGCCCGAGCUAUUCCUGGAGGCGGCAGCAGCGCUGAUCCAGGCAGGCCGAGCCCAGGAUGCCUUGACAGUCUGCGAGGAGCUGCUCAGACGCACAUCUUCUCUGCGUCCCAAGAUGCCUCGGCUGUCUGAAAAUGUCAGAAAAGGAACCAAGGGACAGCCAUACUGUCCACUCUGGGUCUCUGCCACCUACCUGCUUGAGGGCCAAGCUUGGGCAAAACUGGAGGCCUCAAAAGAAGCAAUUAGUGACUUUAGCCGGUGCCUUGAGCUGCUCUUCUGGGCUGUGCCUGAGGGUAAAGGACAAGGGACAGCUUCCAGCUGUGAGCAGGGGUGUAUGUCAGAUGUGACACUACAGCAGCUUCGGAUGGCUGCCCUGAUCAGUCGGGGAUUGGAAUGGAUAGCCAGUGGCCAGGAUGCCAAAGCCCUACAGGACUUUCUCCUCGGUGUACAGAUGUGCCCAGGUCAUCCAGACGCUUCCUUUCACUUGCUUCGGACGCUGUGGAGGAUGGACCGGAGGGAUGAAGCCACUGCCUUCUGGCGGCAGCUGGAGGCCCAGCCAGAGUUGCCCCAGGAAGAUGCGAGCCAGUCUCUCCCACUGUACCUAGAAAUCUGUUUGAGCUGGAUCCGUCCCCCUGACCGGAAAACCUUCCUGGAAAAGUUUCAGAUGUCGUCUCUGGAAUCUUGUGACCUGUAGUUGCAAUGUUUCCAGGGACCUGAGCAGG